UGCUUGCAAGAUGAUUCAUGGUUGAGAAAAUUUGUGUUCAUUUCGCGCUAUUUUCUUUGCUAAAUUUGCAAUAAUAAUGUAAUUCGUGUAGUUUUUCGUACUUUUAAUCGAAUAUUUUCGCGUUUAUGCUUCCAGAAUCCUCGUAAUAUUGUCAGAGUAUCACAAACGUUCGCAGUAAUCGUGUAAAUAAGUCAUACCGGUUUCCAAUGGACGAAAAUCGGCUACUCCGAAAAUCCAUCAUCACUUCCUUCAGACUCAAUGGAUUGAGUAUUAAAGGAGAUGCUUGCGAUUACUUGGUAUCGCAACUGGGACCGGUCACUGAAGAAGAACGAAGCUCGUGGAUUAGUAAAGUUACAGAAUUCUUGCAGAAAAAGAAAUCCUUAUCGGAUCCGGUCGUUUUAAAGAGUCAUGUAGUUUCCGCCGUAGACGAAUGUUGUAAAUCUGAGAUGGAAACAGCCGACGAUGUGUUCUUCGUGAUUGGAGCAUUCGAUGUACCGAAAUUCAAUUAUCAUCACGAUACCAAAAAGUUCAUACGUCGAAUUGACGCUAAACGUAAUGUUUUUGCCGAAGCUGAACACAGAAUCAAGCAUUUCAGUGACAGAUAUACGAUGAUUAAGCAGAGAAUCGAUCGUCACGAACUACUUAGCUCUAGAAAUAAAAGCUCAGAUGAAGCGAAACUUCGAACGAUAGAUUACUUAUUGAGUUGUGCGGCUGAAAACGAGAAAGUCGUAGUGUUCGGUAUCUUAGCUCAGUUGCAAGAGGGUAAAUAUUUCUUAGAAGAUCCGAGUGGGAUUUUACCGUUGAAUUUAUCGCAAGCAAUUUAUCAUAACGGAUUAUUCGCUGAAAAUUGCCUUAUUUUAGCCGAAGGCGAGUUUUGCGAUGGCGUACUAUGUGUCCAUGGAUUAGCUAUGCCUCCUCCGGAAUCAUCUAAAAUUAGCAGAACUUAUUUUGGUAACGCGAACACGUUUGGCGGUCCAUCUGAAGUAUCUUUGAAAACUUCGGCUAGGAUGAUGAAAAUUGAGGAAUCUAACGAAGAAGCGAUGAUUGUGUUUAUUUCCGAUAUAUGGCUGGAUAACGCAAAAGUUUUAGAUAAAAUAAGAAUGUUGCUAGCCGGAUACGACGAAUAUUCACCCCUAGCCAUUGUUCUAAUGGGUGAUUUUCUAUCAAAACCUUAUGGAAAUCAGCACUCGUCCAUGUUUAGAGAUAAAUUCAAAGAGCUCGCUGUUAUUAUUAGUCAUUACAAGAAUCUGUUAGCAGAAACUACCUUUAUUAUCGUACCGGGUCCGACUGAUUCACCUUACGCUAAUAUUUUACCAAGACCGCCGUUACCGUCAUUUUUAACCGAAGAAUUUUCGAAACGAGUGCCCAAAAGUAUAUUCACCACGAAUCCUUGCCGUAUUCAGUACUGUACUCAGGAAAUAGUAGUCUUUCGAGAAGAUAUUCUGACAAAGAUGUGCCGAAAUUGCGUCCACUUUCCAGAAUCCGGCGACGUCUCUUUGCAUUUUGUGAAAACAAUUCUAUCGCAGUGUUACCUGACACCGGUUCCUUUAUCGGUUUGUCCUGUGUAUUGGAGCGAAGGAGCUGCGUUAACUAUUUAUCCUUUGCCAGAUGUGUUGGUUGUAGCUGAUCAACGUAGCCCGUUCAAUAUCACUCAUAAGGAUUGCGUCGUUUUUAAUCCAAGUUCCUUCUCUCUUCGUCAGUUCUGUUUCACCGUAUACGUUCCAGCUUCCAAACAAGUUGAAGACAGCCAGAUAUCUACGGAUUGAAUCUUUUUCGGUAAGUGCAGAAUGUUUGCCAUAAGAAUAGAAAAUGAUUAGCAAGUCAGCAAGUAUGUUUUUUUCUACAUAAUUCCUGGAGAAAUACCAACCAUGUCGUAUAUGUGCUACUCUUGGAAUGGACUGAUGGAUAGAAAAACAGAUGUCUCAACAUUUUUCAUUCCUGAAUAUUUUGUUAUAAUGAGACUUUUCAUCCGCAAAACCGAAACGAAGGUUCUAUCUUUCAAAGUUUUUGAAAAUGACAAAAAUUCGUCCAAGUUAGGAAAUUAGGAAUACCUAUUUGAUUUCUGAAUUUAAAAGAAAAUCCAAUGAUUUGAGGCACGAGAGACUAUUUUGGACUUAGGUUCACCGAUUUCGUUCGAAAUUUUUUGUACGUCUCCUGCAUUUGAAAAUGAUGGGAAAUUUCCAUCAUUGGCUCCCACAUUGAUCUUAUGGAGGUAGGGAAAGGUUUGUUUGUUUUUUAGCAGUUGAAAUUGCUGGAGUUUGAGUAGGUACUCAAAAAUGCUGUAACUUGAAGAAAAUCUGUUUACUAAGUUUUAAAAAAGUGUCGGAGUAAUUUCAAAAAUAUUUUCCAAAAAUUUCGAAUUUCAAAGUUGAGCUUGAAUACUUAUUCAAUUUUUUAAAAGCUUGCCAAAUUUCGGAACCACAUGAUUUGAAAUUUUUGGAAAUAUUCCUAGAAGCAUAAAUUUUUAUGAUUUUUACUACGACGUUUUCGUGGUGGAGGUUCGCAAAACGAUGAUUUGGGGGGGGGGGCUACGGAAUCCUAAAAUUGGAGUCAAAUGUAAAAUAUCGUGUGACCUAUCGUUUUCUACGUUGUAAAGAGCGCUGAAUACGAAUAUCAAUUCACUUUCUUGAUUAGACCCCUCCAACGUACCCAUUGACCCUCCAAAAUCGUUUAAAAAUGGAAAAAAAUCGUGUAGCAGUGGUUUAUUAGGGGUUUCCCCCCAAAUUCACCAUCGACCACAAAAUUUCCUGAAAAUUGAAAAAAUUAUGUGACAUACGGUUUUUGAGAGUUUUGGGAGUAUCGAAUAUGAAUAGUACAAGUAUGAAUUUGUUUUUCAAUUUUCCAAAAAAAAAAAGAAUCAUUAAAUAAUUAAAAAUUAAAUAUAAAUAAAUAAAUAAAUAAAUAAAUAAAUAAAUAAAUAAAUAAAUAAAUAACAUAAUUAUAUUUAAACAUAAGAAAAAUGAAUUGAAUAAAAUAUUAUUACUAAAAUAAAAAAAAUUAUAUAAAAAAUAAUUAAAAUUAAAAUGAUAAAAAUUGAACUUGAAUAAUCAAUAAAAAAAUUAGUAUAAAAAAAUCAACUUGAAAAUCAAUAUAAAUAAUAUAAAAAUAAAAAUAAAUAUACUUACUUAUAAUAAUAACCAAUAAUUAUUACUAAAAAAAAUCCUAUAGAUCUAGAGAUGUAUUCUAAUACAAAUAUAUUUCAUGCAGUUUUGUUCAAUUUUUUCCAAAAAUUUUCAGAUCAGGCAUUUUUUUCAUCAUACGAAUAACCUAAAUACCACACGAUUUUGUUAAUUUUCAAGAAAUUAUGGAGAGAGAGGCUGGGGAUCGAGUAGAAAAAAUGAGGAUAUUCGUAUUCUGCGCUCAGGGCUUGUAUUCGGUCACUUUUCAAGUAUCUUGAGUUACUAAAGUUACAAAAACUACUCAUCUUUUAAUUAUUUUUUCUAGAAAUUUGAUUGCAAAUGCCAAAAAGUUUCUAUUUUGGUAAAAAUUGCAAUAAAAUCUCACCCAUUGUCAAAAUUUUCCAACAGUCUCAUUUAUUGCUAAAAAUUCUCACUUUUUUUGUAAAAAAAUUCCAAAUAUUCGUUUUCCUCGAAGAAUUAUCCAAAAGUUUCUCUAUUUUACCUCAAUGAAUGUCAAUAAGUAUUAUAUUUUUACCGAAAAAUCGAUCAAGAUAGGUCUCCCAUUUUCAACAAAGACAGCGAAAAACUACCAUUUUGUUUGCCAAUAAUUUCGAAAAAUUCGUGCUUUGUACUAAAAAUUGUCACUCUUGUUUUUUGCCAAAAAUUGUUCAAAAUUGGCAAAAUUUCUAGUUUUUUGUAAAAAAAAAAAAUUUAAAAAGUUUGCUUUUUUUCAAAAAAUUUAGCUUUUUAGCGAUUUAAAAGA